AGAGUAUAAACAUAGCUAGAUGCAAUUAGACACAACUUUCCGGGCAAUUUUUCCUAGUUUUCCAUGCGAAAUGUUCAUAUAACUUGCUGCAAUUAGUACAGCAAUCAAUAUCUUCGUGCAUAGAAGCGGAUAUUAUAUCACAAUAUUCUACCUUGAUCGUAAUAUUCAUUCUUAAUUUCUCACGAUUCUUGUGGCGAUAACAAGUAAAAAAUUGUUACAAACGGUACAUAUGGCCGAUGUACGUGUGGUGAAUCUGUGUGGUGAAUCUCCCUCCUCUCGGAUGAUAUUGCGUUGUAUUUGAUCCAAGGACAACAAUGAAAAUGUUCUCGCGCAAUAUGUUUAGUCUUCUUUCUGGGACAUUGCUAAUAAUUGCCAUUAUUCCGAAUGUGGCAGCUUAUAACAAAUAUGGAAGAACCUGUAAAGACAUUGGCUGUCGCAGUGAUGAAACAUGUGUGAUGGCUGAGGAUCCUUGUACUGGCUAUACGGAUAAAUGUGGACGAUAUCCAACUUGUCGAAAGACAAAUGAUGCAAGUUGUACUAGUAUGGUUUGUGGAGAGAAUGAAUAUUGUAAAAGCGAAAAUGGUGCACCGAGGUGCGUGAGAAAAUCUACAGGAUUAGCACUACCUCCAGGAAUAAACCAAGUAUCGCAUCGAACAAUCACGCCGAAAGUACCAACGACACCAUCACCGCCGCCUAGAUCUUCAUCUUAUGGAGGAAGAUAUAACGGUUUCUCCGGAUCCAGAAACACCAUAGACAAUGAAGAAACGGAGACACGAACAGUUUCAAAACGGCAGACUAAUUAUCCAACGGAAACUGAUGUACAUGGCUCUUCAGAUACUUCUAAGAAUUCAGAUGGCCAAUCAUAUUCUGCCAGAUCUUCCGGAUAUCCAUCCAGUUCAGGAUAUCCUAGUAGUAGUGGUUAUCCAAAUUCUGGAUCUUCAAGAGCUCCCGAUUCAACAAAUCAACUCCAAUCUGGUUCUCCAUCCAGUGAUUCUAUCGACUCUUCAUCUGGUAGAUCAUCUGGAUAUCCGUCUAGUGGAUCAUCCGGAUAUCCGUCUAGUGGAUCAUCCAGAUAUCCGUCUAGUGGAUCAUCCGGAUAUCCGUCUACUGGAUCAUCCGGAUAUCCGUCUAGUGGAUCAUCCGGCUAUCCGUCUAGCGCGUCAUCCGGUUAUCCAUCCAAUGGACCAUCUCGUUAUCCGUCUAGUGGAUCAUCAGGUUACCCAUCUAGUGGAUCUUCCGGUUAUUCUUCUAGCGGAUCGUCUGGAUAUCCAUCCAGUCAAUCAUCUGGUUAUCCAUCUAGCGGACCAUCUGGUUACCCAUCCAGAAGUAGUUCUAGUUAUCCAACAAGAUCUAGAUAUCCAAAUGGGGAUUCGUCAGGAUAUCCAAUCAAUUCUAGGAAUCCUUAUAGCGAAGGAACUAUUAGACGAACCGAUGCUAAUUCUGUAAACGCUGGCUAUCCGAAUUAUCCACGCACAUCUACAUAUCCAGAAAGAAAUCCGUCGUAUCCUGGCAAUUAUCCGGCUCAAAAUCCUUCUCCAGGAUACCCUUACGGCAAUCAACGUUCUCCAUCUCCGUAUCCCUAUCAAGGUUAUUCGCAAGGAUAUCCACAAAACUAUCCGCAAGGAGGAUAUUACCCAAGUCAGAAUUAUAUGACUACUACCAAACGUCCUGGCAUUCGAGAUCAAUUUACAAAUUUUGCGCGAAAUUUGGCAGAGAAGGUACUAACGCAGACAAUACUAGAUCGCGUUACUGGAAAACAUCAAUAAGAUGAUAAUUCUAGCAUUUUACUCCUUCAAAGAUCCGUGUCUUACAAGGUAAUGUCUUUAAAUGUAGCAUUUUUUCAAAAUUUGAAAAGAAAAUUGUUAUUAAUAUAACUCUAGAAUAUUUUAAUAAAAGUCUCAAAUUAACAUUCAGAGAAUUGAAAAGAGUUAGUUAGCGGAAAAGUGUGUUAUAUAGAAAAUUAACACAUUAUACUUUGCAAAUUAAAAAUUCUUAGUUAAUAUAGCUUUAUAGUCUAUGAUUUAAACACAUUUUUCGAGUUUUCUAAUGUAUAGUUGAACAACUUUGAAAAGAAAUAUGUUGUUCAGAUUGUAAUAAUAAAAUUUAAUUAAAUAAAAAUAAAUCCUGAUAAGAUAUAAUAAUAACA